GCUUGAUUCAGCUUGCUCUGGCUCGCUCGUCUUCUCGCCUCGCAUACACACACUCUCUUUGCCCCUUCACUAAUACUGCCGACUGUCGGCUCUCGACCUAGAAGCACCCAGCUUGGAGGGACCAUCGAGCUCGUAUCUAUCCAGAAUACGGCUGGUCCGUCACAUUCAAAUUCAAGCUACUCUGCUCACUGCUCUACCUGACUCGGCCUCGCCCCGCCAGACACGAUGGGCAAGCUGAAUCUGGGUCUAUUGAUUCCAGCCAUGCUUCAACUAUCUUCUCUUAUCAUCGUCUUGCUAAUUCUCAUAAGUCCAGCACCUUUCAAUCACAGCAGCAUCAGCUUGUUGCGCAUCGAACCGUUUAACAACACCAACAGCAGUAGCGUCGGCGAUUCUGCUGCGAACUCCAAGACUAGGCAGAGUUCAACCGUGUACUCGAUGUCAUUGAACACUUCCAACACCACUUCAGCGCCCGUGCCAAUUUCGACGUCAAAUUCGAGCGACGCACAGACGUCGGUGCCGAUCGCGUCGAUCACUACUGACGCCCCAAAGAGUGCAUCGAUCACAGCUGCUCCGACUCCGGGUCAAGCCAGCAAUGCGCGUCCAACGGAUAUGGUUUCAGAGGCGGUGCAAGAGUCAAACGAGAACGUCAAAGCUGCUUCUACUAAUUCCAGCGCAUCCAACAUCGUGCAUCGAAGGGAAGACAUGACCAAGAGACCCUUUGGCGUGCUCAACUCAACACAGCCCUACAUUCAACCCUCAAGCUUGUCCAAGAUCAGAGUCAUUCUGGGACCGUUGGGAUCGUGCACUAUCGACGCUGAUGGGAAUAGGCGCUGCUCCAAAGCUCUACUGCUCCCCGCUUUCAAUACUGUAAGCCUUGCGGCGGAUCAGAUAGGAGAGUACGACUUGCGAAGCUUGCCAAGCACCAUCAAGGCUAUUCCCAUUAUCCUCUUGGUGGUGCUCGUCAUUUUCAUCUUUUCUUUCGCUCUUGCUCUGCCACCCCUGCUCGCGGCAUUUUUUCCCGCCAAAUUUGGCUUCUUGAUGCAAGCUGGACCUCGUGAGAGAGCGCUUAGACGAGCACAAAAGUGCGUGUUGUGGGCGAUCAUGUGCAGCUGGGUAUUAUUGGCAGCGAGCGGGAUAAGUCUGCGCGUGACGUUCAGCUCUGCAAGGACCGCAUUCAACGCAUCCAACAUCGAACGAUCAUUGCCCCUCACUUCGACCAAAGAUGCCACCUACUCCGACGUAGGUCUACAAGCCGAGUUGGGAAACGCUUUCACACUCACGUGGGCCACUUUGGGCCUGUUGGCUGUUCACAUGUUAAUGGAGAGGAGAAGGAUGAAGAGGGCAGAAGCUGUAGCGCAGGCGAGAGCGGAUGUCGAAGCUCAGUGGGGUCGCAACGUUCUAGAAGCAGGUCAGAGCCUCGUCAAGAACGCUUCGGGUCCCUCGCCAGCGUUUCAAUCUCCUCCAUCCGCCGACAAAGAAGCGCAAAACAUCGUGAUGCACAAUCUGCCCAAAGCCUCGACUUCGGCCUCUUCGAUCGGUUCGGGCUCUGCUGCGAAUCAUUAUUGGAUCUCGAGCUCCAAUGCGCAUACCCCGUCGUCUGGCGCCCAGCAUCACUAUGUGCACGGAUACGGGUUCGGACAAGCGCCGUCCGUCGUGCACACUCAAGAAAGGGAGUACCUAUGCGACUCGCCCGUCCAGAUGAGACGAGCGCACUCUCCACCUCCUUUCGAGAGGUACAUGAAAUCUCGCCAAGAGAGGGGGUGGGAAAUAUCAAGAGGCGCAAAUCGCGGUGUGACCUGCUCGCCCGCUCCUACAGAGAGCGCUUAUGAGCACCAUAUGCGAUCUGUGGAAGAUUUGGAUCUGGUCGAUUCUGCGCUCGCGUCGGAAGGACAUGGAUUUGGAAAGAGCGAUUGGAAGGAUCAUCAGUGCGGUGCUUCUUCCUCUUCGCAUAGUCAUGCAAAUGGUCGACCGGUCCAUCGCAAGGCUUCCUUCGAGUCGUGCCAAUCCAACUCGCAUUCCAUCUCUCGAGGAAUCAGCCCCGCUCCAUCCUAUUGGUCCCAAGCUCAUCAGACUUCAACUUUCCUGGGCGCGAGCUCGAGCGCCGAGAUGGAAAAGGCGAGGGAGGAGGCCAAAGAGGCUAGAGCUAGAGUGGAGUGGCUAGAGAGAGAGCUGAGGGAGAGGGAAAGAAAGAAUGAGGAGUGGAAAGAGGAGAUGAAGAGAGCGGAGAGGAUAGAGAUGAUCAAGAGGAGACAGAGAGGUGGAUUGGGUUAUCGCACGUAGAUCGAUCUGCAAUGCUCGUGCCAUGCUGCUGUCCACUUUCGCUUUUGCUUACCGCGGUCUUCGAGCAGGUAUAUAGCGGUUCAAGCGAUGCUCGAGCCUGCCGCCGACCAGUAGUCGCUUUGCAACCCUCGCCCAAAUCAACAGUGACUUGGCGACUUGUACUGUACUCCACAUUACGUUCACUCAUUACCGAUGCUUCAUGAGUGAAUAGCCACUCUAGUAG